AUGCUAAACCGCCCGAUACAUGCAUCUAACUUAGUGUUCAGAAUGUUUGCAACAUACAAAAAUCGGCUCGGUUUGGAAAAGAGCCCGUAUCUUCUCCAACACGCAAACAAUCCAAUCGACUGGUAUCCAUGGGGUGAAGAGGCUUUCAAAAAGGCCAAAGAGAGCAACAAGCCGAUAUUUCUGUCAGUUGGAUAUUCAACAUGUCAUUGGUGUCACGUUAUGGAGAAAGAGUCAUUCGAAAAUGAAAAUACUGCAAAAAUAUUGAAUGAAAACUUUAUCGCAAUCAAAGUCGAUAGAGAAGAGCGUCCCGAUGUUGAUAAGCUUUAUAUGGCUUUCGUUGUGGCUGCAAGUGGUCAUGGUGGAUGGCCAAUGUCAGUUUUUCUGACACCGGAACUUCAUCCCAUCACUGGUGGUACGUACUUCCCUCCUGACGAUAAUCGUGGAAUGCUUGGAUUUCCUACCAUUCUGAACAUGAUUCAAACCGAGUGGAAAAAGGAAGGGGAUAACUUGCGAAAGCGUGGUGAACAGAUUAUCAAGCUUCUUCAACCAGAAACGGCUUCUGGAGAUGUGAAUAAAUCAGAAGAAGUAUUUCAAUCAAUUUACUCUCACAAACAAUCUUCAUUCGACAGCAGGCUUGGUGGAUUUGGAGGAGCUCCUAAAUUUCCGAAAGCCUCAGAUUUAGAUUUUCUGAUAGCUUUUUCGAGUGCUGAUUCAUGUGGUGAUAAGAGCAAAGAGAGUACCACAAUGCUUCAGAAAACAUUAGAAUCUAUGGCUGAUGGAGGAAUCCAUGAUCACAUUGGAACUGGUUUCCAUCGAUAUUCAGUUGACGGCGAAUGGCACGUUCCUCACUUUGAAAAAAUGUUAUAUGAUCAGUCCCAACUAUUGGCCACAUAUUCAGAUUUCCAUAGGCUCACUGGAAAGAAAAACGAAGACAUAAAAUUUGUUAUCAACGACAUUUUUGAAUAUAUGCAGAAGAUCAGCCACAAGGAGGGCGGGUUCUAUUCAGCGGAAGAUGCAGAUUCUUUACCAAAAAAUGAUUCUAAAGAAAAAAUGGAAGGAGCAUUUUGUGUAUGGGAAAAGGAAGAAAUUAAGAAGCUGUUGGGUGAACGAAAAAUUGGGUCAGCAGAUCUUUUUGACGUUGUUGCUGACUAUUUCGACGUUGAAGAUAAUGGAAAUGUCCCCAGAUCAUCGGAUCCUCAUGGAGAAUUGAAGAACAAAAACGUUCUUAGAAAGCUUUUAACCGAUGACGAAUGUGCUGCUAAUCACUAUCUUACCGUGGAAGAACUGAAGAAAGGAAUCGAAGAAGCGAAACAAAUACUCUGGGAGGCAAGAACAAAACGCCCAAGUCCACACCUGGAUUCAAAAAUGGUGACUGCAUGGCAGGCAUUAGCGAUUUCAGGACUUGUCAAGGCAUAUCAAGCAACAGAGGAUGUGAAGUAUGUCGAAAGAGCUGAAAAGUGCGCGGCCUUUGUCAGAAAAUACCUGGAAGAGAAUGGGGAAUUGAAGAGAUCUGUUUACUUAGGAGGUGAAGGAAAUAUCGAACAAGGACACCAGAAUAUGAAGGCAUUUUCCGAUGAUUAUGCAUUCAUGAUUCAAGGACUUCUCGAUCUAUAUACAGUUCUUGGGAAAAAUGAAUAUCUUGAAAAAGCCAUCGAACUGCAAAAAACGUGUGAUCAGAAAUUUUGGAGUGGAAACGGAUACUUUAUCAGUGAACAGGCAGAUGAGGGAGUUUCAGUGAGAAUGAUCGAAGAUCAAGAUGGGGCAGAGCCUACAGCAACUUCAAUAGCUUCAAACAAUCUUCUUCGACUUCAUGAUAUUCUAGAAAACGAUGAAUAUCGUGAAAAAGCGAAUAAAUGCUUCCGUGGAGCAUCUGAAAGACUUAACAAAUUUCCAAUUGCUCUUCCCAAAAUGGCAGUUGCUCUCCAUCGCUGGCAAAAUGGUUCAACAACGUUUGUGCUUGUGGGACAGUUCGAAUCAGAACUCCUUGUUGAAGCUCGUCGGCGAUUGAACGAGAAACUGAUAGAGAAUUUAUCAGUUGUACAUAUUCGUUCUGAAAAUGAAAUCGGAGCAUCUGGACCAUCUCAUAAUGCAAUGUCGCAAGGUCCACAACCGGCAGUAUACAUGUGCAAAGGAUUCGCUUGCGGCUUACCAAUCAGAAGCAUCGACGCUUUGGACAAAUUGUUUAAUAAGUUGUGA